AUGCUUAACGAGUCGGGUCUCAGUCCAAUAAUUUUACCAACGACUGUGAGUGAUGUUGUGACAACCGCUUUGUUUAGUGAUCGGAAGAUUGUUCCUUUCGACUAUCUGGAAGAGGAUCAGAGUAAUUGGACAGACUUCUGGGGCGUCUUCGACACAGAAAUAUCAAUCGGGCUGAUAGCGUUCAUCAAAAUUCUCAUCAUCCUAAUAAUAGUGGUGGGAAAUCUCCUGGUGAUACUCUCCAUAUUCACCCACAAGCCCUUGCGACAAGUGCAAAACCUAUUUGUGGUAUCGCUGGCCUCCUCGGAUGUGACGGUCGGUCUUUUUGUGACGCCUUUCAAUGUGAUUUAUCACCUAGACGGGAAAAACUGGGUGUUUGGGAUUCUUCCCUGCAAAUUGUGGCUGACAUUCGACGUGCUGUGUUGCACUUCUUCUAUACUGAACCUGUGUGCAAUCGCUAUAGACCGGCAUUGUGCAAUAAACGAUCCGCUCGAAUACGUGCACAAGAGAACGAUGGGCCGAGUUCUCAGACACAUAGCCAUUGUGUGGCUAAUAUCACUGGCCGUGUCGGUCCCGCCUCUUGUUGGCUGGAACGACUGGCACGAAAAAGACUUCCCGGGCAAAUGUGAAUUAUCAUCAGAGAAAUACUACGUUCUAUUCUCGGCUCUCAGUUCAUUCUAUUCUCCGCUAGCUCUCAUGUGUAUCAUGUACGUGAAGAUCUUCCUCUCGCAGAGGAAACGGCUUAGACAGAGGGCUGAAGCGGCGGCCAGGAUUCCGCUCCCAUCUCUUCAGCCUGGAGCAGCUGCCCAACCGAACGGUGAGGAAGCAGCAGGAGGACCGUCUGCAGGAGGUGACUCAGACUCAGGUGCUGGACCGUCCUGUUCUACUGGAUCUCGCGGAGGCAACGUGGCUGCAAUCGACGUUCCGGACCCCCAACCGCUCAGUCGGUGCGGGGCGGCUUUGAACGUCAAAGCGAAUUUUGACGAGCGUCAACGAAUAUGUUUAGCAAAAGAACGGCGGGCGGCUCGCACGCUCGGAAUCGUCGUCGGUGUGUUCGUUGUGUGCUGGCUUCCAUUCUUUCUAAUGUACGUCACUCUGCCGUUUUGUACGAUCUGCUCUAUUCCCGACAUGUGGAUGAACUUCUUCGUGUGGCUUGGCUACUUCAACUCGGCGCUCAACCCUUUCAUUUAUACGUACUACAACCAGGAGUACCGCAAAGCGUUCAAGAACAUAUUGACCCUCAAAAUCUGUUGGGACAAUUUUACCGCCCCAUUCUCUUGA